CAGCCUGCUCAGCUCUCUAUCCACCGCUCUGCGGUAAAGGUAUCUGCAUCACCAUCUCAAAAUGGCCAACAGGGGACCUGCUUAUGGACUGAGUCGGGAGGUACAGCAGAAAAUUGAGAAGCAGUAUGAUGCUGACCUGGAGCAGAUCCUCAUUCAGUGGAUUACCACACAGUGCCGCAGAGAAGUUGGGCGGCCCCAGCCUGGGCGGGAGAAUUUCCAAAACUGGCUCAAGGAUGGCACGGUGCUGUGUGAGCUCAUCAAUGGGCUAUACCCUGAAGGCCAAGGCCCGGUAAAGAAGAUCCAGGCUUCAGGCAUGGCCUUCAAACAGAUGGAACAGAUUUCUCAGUUCCUCCAGGCAGCGGAGCGCUAUGGCAUCAAUGCCACUGAUAUCUUCCAAACUGUGGACCUCUGGGAAGGAAAGAAUAUGGCCUGUGUGCAGCGGACACUGAUGAACCUUGGUGGGCUGGCAGUGGCUCGGGGUGAUGGGCUCUUCUCUGGAGAUCCUAACUGGUUCCCCAAGAAGUCCAAGGAAAAUCCCCGAAACUUCACAGACAACCAACUGCAGGAGGGCAAGAAUGUCAUCGGGCUGCAGAUGGGCACCAACCAGGGGGCAUCUCAGGCGGGCAUGACUGGUUAUGGGAUGCCACGCCAAAUCCUCUGAUCACCACUCUUCCUUACUCUCCCUUGAAUGGUUAAUAUAUUUCUAGCAGUGACAUUCCCAGGAAGCCCGUGGAAACCUCAAGCCCCUUCUGUUCCCAAUUCUUCCUCUUCUCCCCUACUCUCUACCCACUGGGGGCACUGCUCCUCGUGUUGUGCCUGAGCCGCUGCCUUUUCACCUUGAACUUGCCGUAAUACACUCCCUCCCCGCCCCCAAUCAGCAAAACUGGACCAACUGCUCCAUCCUUCCCCAUCCUGGACCAAAACUGGGGGGCGCCUGACCCCUUCAACAUUCCGAUUCAUUCUCCCACCCUGGCUUAUCCUCUCACUUCGGAAUUUGUACCAUUACAGUCAUUCCUUAGGCCAGGGUUCAGGGCACUGCCUUGAAAGGAGCUGAACGUGGGACCAAUUUCUCUUCCACAAGAUUGUUCUUUCUGCCACCCCCACCCCCCAGCCUUGCCCCUG